UUUCUAUGUGCAUACAAGUGAAAUAUAUAAUUUAUAGUAAUGAACAAACAAAACAAGAAUAGUAUUUGUGUUCCUCUAGUCUAGUGGAGUAGUAGUAAAUCACAACCUCUUCUCUCUCUUUCUUUCUUUGUCAGAGAGUUGAAGGAAAUUGUUGAUAACUCACUUUUAUUAAUACUACUACUACUUCACUACUGUUUCUCUUUCUAAUGGAGUAGUAGCAAUAAAAUGCAAAAGUGGAUUGAAAAAAUAAAGAUUGCAGCUUUUGUAUUUUUUUUGAACAUGUCAAAAAUUAUCUUGGCUAAACAAAGUCUUCUCUUUCACACCUCCCAAACUCCUAUCAACUACAGCCCUAUAGAGAUUGGAGAAUCUAGGGUUUGGUCUCUUAUUUGUUUUCUUUUCUUUGCUCAAUGUUAUAGCUCUGCUUCCUGCUCUGUUUUCUGUUUGAUUGAUUAAUAACCUUCAGGUUAUGUCUUGUUUUUUCUGGUUGAUUUUACCUUUCUUGUGUUGAAUUUCUCAAGACCCACCCCUUUUGUUUCUUUGUGUUGUAUCAAUUUGGUUGGUAUCUCUUCACUCUUUUCUGUUUCUUGUAUCAUCUUUUUGUUUUACUUGGUGACAUAUGGAGAAGAUUGAGGAAGCUAACAGGGUUGCAGUUGAGAGUUGUCAUAGAGUUAUUACUAUGUUAUCUCAACCUCAUGGUGAGAAACAGUUUGGAAAUUUAGUAAGAGAGACUGGAGAGGCUGUUCACAAGUUCAAGAAAGUGGUGACUCUCUUAAAUUCAAAUUUGGGUCAUGCAAGAGUAAGAAAAGCCAAGAAAAUUUCGACCCCUUAUCCUCAUAGCCUCUUGUUAGAGAACCCAAGUUGUAAAAUUGAUGAUCAGCCUAAACCUCUACAGUUGCUUCCUAUCACCUAUCCUGAAAAUAUUAGACUAGAAAAUGGUUCUGAUGUGAAUAGGAUUCACCCUUCAUUGGAGUUAAACUCACAUAGUAAAAAUCCUCUUCAGUUAGCCCAACAAACACCUUUGUCAAGCUAUCACUUUGCUCAACAGCAGCAGCAGUUACAACAGCAACAACAGAGGCGGUAUCAGCUUCAGCAGCAACAAAUGAAACAGCAGGCGGAUAUGAUGUAUCGGCGUAGCAAUAGUGGGAUUAGUUUAAAUUUUGAUAGCUCUACAUGUACUCCAACUAUGUCAUCAACGAGGUCGUUUAUCUCCUCGUUGAGUAUUGAUGGAAGUGUUGCUAACUUGGAUGGUAAUGCCUUCCAUUUUAUUGGGGCUUCUCGCUCUGCGGAUCAGAGCUCAUUUCAACAUAAGAAAAGGUGCUCCGGAAGGGGAGAGGAGGGAAGUGUGAAAUGUGGAAGCAGUGGCAGAUGUCACUGCUCAAAGAAGAGGAAGCACAGGGUAAAGAGGUCAAUCAAGGUUCCUGCUAUAAGUAACAAACUAGCUGAUAUUCCCCCGGAUGAGUAUUCUUGGAGAAAAUAUGGACAGAAACCGAUUAAAGGUUCUCCGCACCCCAGGGGAUACUAUAAGUGUAGCAGCAUGAGAGGCUGUCCUGCCAGGAAACAUGUCGAGCGAUGCUUGGAAGAACCUUCGAUGCUUAUUGUCACUUACGAAGGAGAACAUAACCAUCCUAGGUUGCCAUCUCAAUCGGCAAAUGCAUGAGAUCUUUAGAGAAAUGCUAACAAAGAUCAUCACAAGCCUCGAGAAAUUUCUAAUAAUCUAUUUUUGACCGGCUUCAAUUGUUCCUGUACAUAUUUUGCUUUGAAGUGCAAUGCAGUGGGGCCAAAUACUAGUUCAAAAUUGGGAGGGUCUAUUAGGUAUAUGGAAAGGCAAAUGUAAAGCCAGGUUCAAUUAUAAUGAUGCAGUGAGACUUGAGGUUUCCUAAUUGUAAGAUUAUCCUCAUAAAGUAUGACUCCCUUUUUGAAAAAAGUUGGGAUUUUUGCAAAUUAUCUUUUGUGCUUAU